UCAUUUUUGUCAUUAUCUUGUCAACUGACGUGAGAUUUGAUUUUAUCUGUUUCUGCUAUCUUCUUAUUUAAUUAUUGAAAAAUUCCAAUUAUAAUUAUAUUUCCUUAUUGUUUCAGUCUUUUAUAGAAUGAAUAAUGCACCGCAGUUCUCUUUGCGUUGGAAUAAUUACGUUACUCAUGUUACAGAAGCAUUUAAUGUUUUACGAUUUGAAAACGAUUUAGUUGAUGUCACACUGUGUUGUGAUGGUGGAAAAAUAAAGGCUCAUAAAAUGUUAUUAUCUGCUUGUAGCAGCUAUUUCAAACAAAUUUUCAAAGAAAACCCUUGUCAGCAUCCUGUGAUAAUCUUUAGAAACUUUAAAUAUGAAGACCUAAACGCUAUCAUCAACUUUAUGUAUCAUGGAGAAGUGAACAUCUUUCAAGAACAGUUGGAAUCGUUUCUUAUAACAGCAGAACUUUUAGAAGUUAAAGGCCUAACCGAUAAUGUGGAAGAUGAAUCACCCAAAAGUCAGUUGAUUAUGAAUGACAAUAUUUCAUUAGAUUUAAGUUCAAAAUCAACUCGUCUUGCUGAAGAUAUCGUUCCAGUAUUAACGGAUGAACCUAUAAAUUUAGCAACAAUUCAGAAUGAACGGACUAGAGAUGAAUACAUUCCACAAACCAUUGCAUUGUCAAAUCUUUCUGAUCAGGAAAAAGAUACUGAAAGUCAUCCUCACAUUGCUAAAGUUGAUGAUAAUUUGAUCACAACACCAAAAUCAGUAAUGCAAACUGAAGAUAUGCAAGUUGAUCAAUCAACAUCAGCAGAAGAUAUUUUAGAGAAGAGCACUGAAUCCGACUUAGCCAAAUUUCGCUGUCAGUUAUGCCCAAAAGGUUUCAAACAUCCAACCUCAUUAACACUCCAUAAGGACUCUCAUGCUGGAAAGACACAAUGCCCAGUAUGCCACCGUUCAUUCUCAAGAUCAUAUGACAUGAGGAGUCAUUUGCAAAGGAUACAUCAAGGAAAACAGUUGACUAUAAAGGAAAUCCGAUAUAAAAAUAGCAGUGACAAUAUUGGACCCAAACAGUUCACUCAUAAUAUAUAGUUAUAAGAAUAUGGUAACUAUAGUUACCACAAAUUAUAGCACAUAGUGCAAAAUGUCUGUAUGGAUUAUGAAAUGUUUAUGUGUAUAAAUAAUGUAAAGGAUGUAGCAAUUUUAUGAUGUUCAUAAUGGAGUAUAUUUUAUUUAAUAUUUAUAUUAGGUCACAAAAUUUUGCUCAGUGCUGUAGCUUUGGCUAUUUUUAUACUAGUCUACUAUAAUAUUAUUGUUUUAAUAUAAUUGUUUCUAUUA